ACAGAUCAGAAUUAUCACGGAGAGGAUGCCGGCCAGGAGGAGGACUGCAAAUGCGGCGUCGACCAGCAAGAACAGCGAUUCCCCGUUGAGUCCACGGUCAGACGACCCAGCGUACCAAGAAAAGAGAAAGAAAAACAACGAGGCUGUACAGCGCACACGCGAGAAGACCAAGAAAUCGGCCGAGGAACGGAAGAAACGCAUCGACGAGCUGAGAAAGCAAAACGACGCCCUAAAAGUCCAGAUAGAGCAGGGCGAAAAACACAUUUCCACUCUGCGGGAUCUGAUCAUUCAGGGCGAGAAAACGGAGGACGGCCACCGCAUCAUCCAGGAGAUUCUCGCCGGUCCGGAUCCAGAUGACAAUGACUAACGAGGAGCUGCUCCUGAUCUACUUUAUAAUAUUUACUUACUUCUAAGGUGUAUUUACCACCAUGUUAAUCUUAAGUGUUCAACUAAUUCGGUGUAACUUCUCGAAUUCCAUUAACAUUUCGAUCUGCUCAUACUUCCCAUGCUAACCAAUUCAUAGGAACUGGUGAAAUGAUAAGUGACAUCCACAAACCUUAAAGAACAAACCAUGUUAACAUUUUAAAACCACGUAAAAUAAAGUAGCUGUAAUGUGUACAA